UCAUAUGCUGGUCGUCAAGAAGUUGGCCCAUUUCAUAAGUCCUUCACUUCUGUUGUAGGACCAAACGGUUCAGGAAAAUCCAAUGUUAUCGAUGCUCUUUUGUUUGUAUUUGGUUAUCGGGCGAGUAAAAUGCGGCAAGCAAAAUUGUCUGGAUUGAUUCAUUCGUCACAUGGUCUUGAGAGUCUCGAUAGUUGCACGGUCCAAGUUCAUUUUCACGAAAUUUAUGAUACGUCAGGGCCAAAUGAAUAUGAAGUUGUCCCAAAUUCUCAGUUAAUGAUUUCGCGUCAAGCGUUCCGCAACAAUACUAGCAAAUACUUCAUCAAUAACGAUGCAAGUAAUUAUACCGAAGUGACUGUUUUGUUAAAAGAACGUGGAAUUGAUUUGGAUCAUAAACGGUUCCUUAUUCUUCAAGGUGAAGUUGAAUCAAUAUCACAGAUGAAGCCGAAAGCAUUAAAUGAGCAUGAAGAUGGCCUCUUGGAAUAUCUCGAAGAUAUUAUUGGCACAUCGAAAUACAAAGUGCCUAUUGAAGAAGCGAGUAAUCAAGUAGAGAAGCUCGAUGACGAAAGAUCCGAAAAAUUGAAUCGAGUUAAAAUUGUUGAGAAGGAAAAACAAAGCUUGGAGGGUGAAAAAGCGAAAGCAGAGGCAUUUCUUCGCGACGAAAAUAUUCUUACAACAAAAAAAUCGCUUUUUUGUCAACGGCAGUUGUUAGAGUGCAAAAAUAAUAUAGAUAUUGCGACCGAGGCUGUUAAUGAAUGGAAAGAAAAAUUAAAUGAUGAACAGCGGAAACACGCGCAUAUUAUCGAAGAAACUAAGAAGUUGCAAGAUAAUGUCGACGAAACGUCGCAAGAAUAUAACGUUAUCAAAGAAGAAACAGAAAAAAUCAGAAAACAGUUGGAAAAAUACGAAAAAGAAGAUAUCGGGUUGCAGGAAAAGAAGAAACAUGCAACCAACAAACAAAAGAAACUAAUUAAAACAUUAGAAAAAGAUCGUGCAUCCCUAUCAGCCACCAAAACUUCUAUCAAAUAUCAUGAGGAAGACCUGGUCAAACGUGAGCGUGAACUUGGCCAGCUGGAGAAAUUGCUACAAAAUCAAGAAGCAGGAUUGGAAAAAAUCCGUCAAAGUCUCAAAGGAAAAACCGAGGUUUAUUCGGCCCAGAUCGAAGAGAAGCAAAAGGAAUUAGCUCCUUGGACCGAAAAAAUCAAUGCCAAGCAAUCGAAUAUUGAUGUUUUACGGGCAGAAUGUGAAAUUAUUGAAGAAAAAACUCGGUCAAUACAGUCUUCCCUUGAACAAGCGGAAAAUGAGAUCAUUACCAUUGAAGAAACUCGCAAUUCGAAGAAAAUAGAUAUCGAGGCUGCUAUGGCUCUAAAAGAAAAGCUUGCCGAUGAAGUUAAGCAAAUCGAGAGAAAGCUUAAGAAUAAUAUAGCACUACACGAGGUGUAUCAGAAUAAUUUAAAAGACGCUCGACAAAAAGCAAGCGAAGCUGAUAUUCAGCUAAAACAAGCAGAAUCAAGAGGUGUAGUGUUGAAAAGCCUGCUUAAAUUAAAAGAAAACGGUCGUAUUAAAGGCCUUCACGAUCGUCUGGGAAAUCUUGGCGUAAUUGACGACAGAUAUGACAUUGCCAUUUCAACUGCUUGUUCUGCUUUAGAUAACAUAGUCGUGGACACGGUAGACGACGCACAAGCUUGCAUUGAAUUUCUUCGAAAAAACAAUCUAGGUCGUGCGACUUUUGUCGUUUUAAGUCAACUUGCAUCAAUGAAUAUGGGAAAAAUCGAUACUCCCGAGAAUGUACCUCGACUUUUCGAUCUUAUUAAACCAAAAGAACCGAGGUUUGCACAAGCUUUUUUCAAUGUCUUGCGAAAUACUCUAGUCGCGAGAAAUCUCGAGCACGCAAAUCGAAUCGCUUUUGGUCGACAACGCUGGAGAGUUGUUACUUUAGACGGUAAAUUAAUUGAUGUGUCAGGCACUAUGACUGGUGGAGGCACAAAAGUAAUGAAAGGCGGAAUGAGCUCGAAAUUCGUGUCUGAUAUCACAACCACCAUGGUGGCUGAAUUGAUUAGAGCGCAAAAUCGAUGUGAAGAAAAAUGGCGAGAACUUCAGAUAGAGCGUCAAGAGUUGGAAAAUGAACUUGAACGGAAAAAAGCAGAAAUUCCCAAAGUUGACCUUGAUCUUUCGAAAUUAAAGAUGGACAUAGAUUCAAACAAAAAAAGAAUGUCAGAUGCUCAAAAGAGAGUCAUAGAAUUGCGCCAAAGAAAUAAACUAAAUCCCGAGGAUUCAAGGAAAAUGCAACAAUUACAAUCAGCCAUCAGCAAGUUAACUCAAGAACUUGAAAAUCUCAAAACACAUCCUGCCUUAAUAGAGCAGGAAAUAAAAGAUCUACAGCAAAAGAUUCUCGAUGUUGGUGGCGGGAAACUUCGAAGUCAAAAGGCAAAAGUUGAUGAAAUAAAAGAACAAAUAGAUUCUCAUAAUGAUCGAAUAACUACGUUGCAAGUGUCGAAAACAAAAGCGGAAAAAGACAUCAUAAAGUUGCAAAAUUCUAUUGAGAAGUCUGAAAAUGAGGCGGAAGAAUUAAGCUUGGAAAUAAAACAACUUGAAGAGGAGAUGCAAGAGAAAACAUUAGAGUCCCGUGAAAUACGUCAAAAGGCCAGACAGUCAGAAGAUUUAAUGGAGAAAAGACGAGAAGAGUUGGAAAAAAUUCAAAGAGAACUUGAUUCAAAGACAGAGAUUAUAAACAAAAUCAGAACAGCAGAGGUGGAGAUCAAAAAUAGACUAGAAGAUAAUGAGCGCCACCUAACUGAAAAUCAACUGAGAUAUGAUCAUUGGCUAUCAUUGUAUGGAAAGUUAUCCCUUCAUCAAAUAAAUGGCGAUGAAGAUUAUGAGCCAGAAGGAAUUGAACUGCAGACCUACACAGAUGAUGAACUAUGGGCAAUCAACAAAGAAAACCUUAAAAAGGAAAUUGAUGAAUUGGAAGUACUUGUCGAAUAUCGUCAACACGAAGAGGAGUAUAGAUCACGCGCGCGAGAUCUCGAAGAAAUAACAGCAAGUCGAGAUGCGGCGAAAAAAAAAUACAAUGAAUUGAGAAAACAAAGACUCGAAGAAUUUAUGCAAGGUUUCACAUUGAUAUCACAAAAGCUUAAAGAAAUGUAUCAGAUUAUUACUAUGGGUGGUAACGCAGAACUCGAGUUGGUGGAUAGUUUGGAUCCAUUCUCUGAGGGAAUAUUGUUCAGUGUCAUGCCGCCCAAAAAGAGUUGGAAAAAUAUUUCUAAUUUGUCGGGUGGCGAAAAGACUUUGAGUUCCUUGGCACUAGUUUUCGCUUUACACCAUUUUAAACCGACUCCGUUAUACGUAAUGGACGAAAUUGAUGCAGCAUUAGAUUUCCGAAAUGUAUCAAUUGUAGCCAAUUACAUCAAAGAACGUACCAAAAACGCACAGUUUAUCAUAAUCAGCCUUAGAAAUAAUAUGUUUGAGCUGGCGGAUCGGUUGGUAGGAAUCUACAAGACAAAUAACAUGACAAAAUCCAUUAGUAUAUCGCCAGAAAACUUUAUAACUAUCCUUGGACACUGA